AUGCUUGACGUCUUACUCGAUUUGGACGACGACCCAUGCGAAUUUUCUGUAAAUAAUAUCGCUGGCAUGACAUCUUUCGAAUUCGCGACCGUUGCCGAGUCUAUGCGAUUGAGUUCGAGGUCUAACCGCGAAGAAGUUGGGUCAACAACCGUGAGCCAUGAGAAGAUGAAAAGGAAGGUCGUAUCUCAAGGACCCAGCUCGUUUCCAAACGUUCGCUUUUGA